AUGCUGUACCAUACAGUUUUGCCUACAACUGCUUGUAGCUUCAUUGUAGCUGUGAAUGCUCUGUUCCUCUCCUUUGCACCCUCGAAGAUUCGCAAACACACAGGAUUGAGCUGUGUGAGGCGUAGCAUUCCCCAUGUGGUAGGCAAAAGAGGACAUGGGUCUGAUGGCUCUACCCACUGGGAUGGACAGGCAUGUGUUAGGGAGCCUCAGAGCUUGUGGCUAAACAGCCCACCCAUCUGUAGAAGCCUUCCUGCCAUUACUGCAUGAAAAUAUUUGGUUUCAUUGAAGGUUUUUAUCAGUACAGAGUUUACAAAGGCAGAAUUCCUUUUAAAGGAAGAGGACAUGAAAGAUAUUUAA